AUUAGGUAAGGACUCCAAAGCUCUAUAAGUACAUGGCAAGCUGAGAGAGAAUGGAUGAAGGGGGAAUCGGAGAGAAUCCCCACUGGGAUCUCCAGAAUCUCCAAUCGGGUAAUUGGAGAUUGAGGGGGUCACAAUUGUGUGAGGUUGGGAUUUUGUGAGUACACCCCAACCCACUAGAACAUUCUUAACAUAAACUAGUAUAUAAAAGUACAAAUACAAAAAUGGGAUUUGCAAUCUAUUUUUAACACACCCCCACGAACUGCAAAUCCGGUCAAGGAGCACAUAGCCCCAUGGAACGGAGAAGGCGAUGGUGGUCAGCCUUGUCGAGAGCCUUGGUAAAGAGGUCGACGAUGUUGCAAUCUGGGGCGAUGUACCGUACCGUCAGCUGGUCACUCUGAACAAGAUCUCGGAUGAAGAAAUGACGAAGUUCAAUGUGCUUGGUGUGAGAGUGGAACACAGGAUCCUUGGUGAGAUGAAUGGCGCUCUGGUUGUCACACCACAGGGUGGGCGACUGCUGGGGGUAGCCUAACUCAGCGAGGAGAAAGGAGAGCCAGCGUGCCUCUUGAGCAGUCAUUGUGCCUGCGUAGAGCUCGGCCUCGCAGAACGACAGGGAGACUGUAGAGGAUCGAGUAGAGGGCAAGCUGAUAACUCCGCUACCAAGAGUGAAGCAGUACCCUUGGAAGGAGCGUCUGUCAGUCUGGUCAUUGGCCCAUGAGGAGUCUGUGUAUCCUUCGAGCUUGACUAGAGAGGUACCACCGAGAGUGAGGAUGUGAGAUUUGGUGGCUUGUAGAUAGCGAAGGACCCUCUUGGCUGCAGACCAAUGGGAGGCAGUGUAGCGUCCGGGGAGAUAUACCGAGAGAGAACACUAACCGGGUAAGCCAAGCCUGGUCGAAUGCACAUCAUGGCAUACAUGAGUGAACCGACUAGCUCUGGGUACGGGUCCUUGCAGGCGUCAGGAGAAGGAACUGGAGGGGCCGUGAGCUGAUGCUGUAGUGGGAGUGGAGUGGAGACAGAGUUACUGGAGUCCAUGUAAAAGAGCGCGCGGAGUUGGGAGCUUGGCCGUGGGCGAGAAGAUUUCGAAGAAGUCGAGAUACUCUUUCUGGGUGAAACCCUUAGCCACGUAUCGUGCCUUGAACAGUGGAGCUUCACCUGGGAGUUGUUUGACUCGAAAGAUCCAUUUUCCGCCGACGAUGUUAACACCGGAAGGGGGAACGACAUCGUCAAACCUAUUGUUGCGAAUGAACGCCUCGUUCUCCCCAUCCAUUGCUGCCUUCCACUCCUUAUAAGGCCCCUAGAGAGCUUCCUCUUUUGUGCCAGGAGUCGGAACUGUCGGGUUCUCCGUGAAGUUGAAGGAAGGGCAGUUAGUAAUGUCCAGGAAGAUGUGAGAGAGAAAUUGGCAGAACGUGUGAAGGUUAAACAACUCCUCAUGCCUGUCCUCCAGAAGUGCACAGAGGGGAUUAGGGAUGGAGGGGACAUCACCCCCGGCAGGAGGAGGCGGGUGACCGAACACCGGAUGGAGAAGGCGGUUGGUCCCCAGGCGAGAGGCGGAGCCGAUCCCUUGGAACGAGUGCGACUAGAGACCGGAGACGAAGGCGGCUGUGGUGGGACCAGAGGGACAGGGCGCCUCUUUCAGAAACUGAGAACUUGAUUGAUUGAAAUGAGCAAGAGCAUACAUCCUUAAGUAC